AUGUGUAUAUUUACCACUGAUAUUAUCUAUCUAUCUAUCUAUCUAUCUAUCUAUCUAUCUAUCAAUUUAAUUUUAGAGAUAUCUAUAUCUAUCUAUCUAUCUAUCUAUCUAUAUAUAUAUAGAUAUCUAUCUAUCUAUCUCUCUCUCUUUCUCUCUCUCUCUCUCUCUCUCUCUCUCUCUAUAUAUAUAUAUAUAUAUAUAUAUAUAUAUAUAUAUAUAAAUCAAACAAUGAAAUAUUUGUUAAAAUCUUCAUCUUUCCUUUCAGCUUUCAUACAUUCUUUCUUUCUUUCUUUCUUUCUUUCUUUCUUUCUUAAUUUCUUUCCUUCUUUCUUUCUUUCUUUCAGUUCAUCUUUUCAUCUUUCGUUUUUUCUUAUUUUAUUUUUUUCUUUCUUUUUCUUUUUCUUUCUUUUUAAUUUUCUUUUCUUUCUUUCUUUCUUUCCGUCUUUCUUUCUUUCUUUCUUUCUUUCUUUCUUUCUUUCAGUUCAUCCUUUCAUUAUUUCUUUCUUUCUUAAUUCUCUUUCUUUCUUUCUUUCUUUCUUUCUUUCUUUCUUUCUUUCUUUCUUUCUUUCAGUUCAUCUUUCGUUUCAGCUUUCAUUAUUUCUUUCUUUCUUUCUUAACUGCAUCAUUCACUCCGUUUUUUCUCAAGCUUUUCUUUUCCUUUUACAAUUUCUUAUGCAAUGCUUUCUUUAUAAUAUUAUCUCUUUCUCUCUUUUCCUUUUUCUCUUGUUUUCUAUCCUCUAUCUUAGCGCGUUCUUUCUGACUUUCAUUCUAUGUUUCUUUCUUUUCUCUUCCUAUUUCAACUUUUCUUCUCUUCAUAAUAUUAUCUCUUUUUAUCCCUUCCUUUUGUCUUGCUUUAUAUACUUUUGUAUCUUAAGCCAUGUUCUUUCUUUCCUUUCUUUCUUUCUUUCUUUCUUUCUUUCUUUCUUUCUUUCUUUCUUAAUCUUCUUUCAUAUUUAUUUCCCUCUUUACUAUUUUCUUUUCUUUUUCUUUCUUUCUUUCUUUCUUUCUUUAUCUUCUGUUUUCUUUAUCUUCAUUCAUUUUUCUUUCAUUCAUUUUUCUUUUCUUUCUUUCUUUCUUUCUUUAUCUUCUGUUUUUUUUUUUUUUCUUUCAUUCAUUCAUUCUUUCUUUCUUUUCUUUCUUUCUUUCUUUUUCCUUUCUAGUUCAUAUUUAUUUCCCUCUUUCCUUUUUUUUUCUUUUUUCUUUUUCUUCUUUCUUAAUCUUCUGUUUAUCUUUCUUUUUUUUCUUUUUCUUUCUUUCUUUCUUUCUUUCUUUCUAUUCUUCCUUCCUUUCUUUCUUAAUUUUUCCUUCUUUUUUUUUUUUUUUCUUUCUUUUCUUUCUUUCUUUCUUUCUUUCUUUUUUCUUUCUUUUCUUUUCUUUUUCUUUCUCUUUCUAGUUCAUAUUUAUUUCCCUCUUUACUUUUUUUUCUUUCUUUCUUUCUUUCUUUCUUUCUUUCUUUAUCUUCUGUUUUUCUUUCAUUCAUUCAUUCUUUCUUUCUUUCUUUAUCUUCUGUUUUUCUUUCAUUCAUUCAUUCUUUCUUUCUUUCUUUCUUUCUUCCUUUCUAUUCAUAUUUAUUUCGCUCUUUUCUUUUUUUUCUUUUUGUUUUUUCUUUCUUUCUUUCUUUCUUUCUUUCUUUCUUUUCUUUCUUUCUUAAUUUUUCCUUCUUUUUUUUUUUUUUUCCUUUCUUUCUUAAUUUUUUUUCUUCUUUUUCUUUUUUUUUUCUUUCUUUCUUUCUUUCUUUCUUUCUUUCUUUUUUUUUUUAUCUUCAUUUUUAUUUCCUCUUUCCUUUUUUCUUUUCUUUUUUCUUUCUUCUUUCUUAAUCUUCUGUUUUCUUUCUUUUCAUUUUUUCUUUCUUUCUUUCUUUCUCUCCUUUCUAGUUCAUAUUUAUUUCCUCUUUCUUUUCUUUUUUUUUUCUUUCUUUUAAUCUUCUUUUAUUUUCUUUCUUUUUUCUUUCUUUCUUUCUUUCUUUUCUAUUCAUAUUUAUUUCCCUCUUUACUUUUUCUUUUCUUUCUUUCUUUCUUUCUUUCUUUCUUUCUUUAUCUUCUGUUUUUCUUUCAUUCAUUCAUUCUUUCUUUCUUUCUUUCUUUCUUUAUCUUCUGUUUUUCUUUCAUUCAUUCAUUCUUUCUUUCUUUCUUUCUUUCUUUCUUUCUUCCUUUCUAUUCAUAUUUAUUUCGCUCUUUUCUUUUUCUUUCUUUGUUUCUUUUUCUUUCUUUCUUUCUUUCUUUCUUUCUUAAUCUCCUGUCUUCCUUCCUUUCUUUCUUAAUUUUUUCCUUCUUUUUCUUUUUUUUUCUUUCUUUCUUUCUUUCUUUCUUUCUUUCUUUCUUUCUUUCUAGUUCAUAUUUAUUUCCCUCUUUACUUUUUCUUUUCUUUCUUUCUUUCUUUCUUUCUUUCUUUCUUUCUUUCUUUCUUUCUAGCUCAUAUUUAUUUCGCUCUUUACUUUUUGUUUUCUUUCUUUCUUAA